AUGUCACCCGCUUGCCAACACAGGAUCUUGAUCGUCGGAGGAGGACUUGGAGGACUCGCUCUCGCUCAGGGGCUCAAACACACGAGUCCAUCUGUACCAUUCCACAUCUUUGAGCGUGAUUCAUCCGCAGACUUCCGUCCCCAAGGUUAUCGCAUUCGCAUAAACCCCGACGGCGCGGGUGCACUCCGCAAACUGCUCCCAGACAAUCUCUGGAAGGCCUACGAAAAUACCUGUGCCCUCUUCAACCCAGCCAUGAGCGGUCUCGAUGCUGUCACUGGUCAGAAACCAACACCGUCUGGUGAGCGACGCGGUCCGCCUCCGAUGCCGGAGGGGAAGUAUUAUAACGCUGAUCGUGUUGUUCUUCGAAAUGUGCUCAUGGAGGGGCUAGAAGAUGAUAUCAGCUUUGGAAAGACGUUCAAAAGCUAUCGCGUCACCAGUGAUGGUGUCGAGGUGACGUUUACAGAUGGCACCAAGGAAACAGGAGCCAUCCUGGUUGGCGCCGACGGUACCAGAUCACACAUUCGUCGGCAGCUGAUGCCGAAUUACACUGUCUUGGACACCGAGUGCGGAGCGAUCUAUGGAAAGACAUUCACCAAGCCCGAAACUAGAGCUUCGAUGGCCAACGAAUUCUUCGGAGGAAUAUGUCUUGCUGGAGAUGGCAGCAAGCCUGGGCUCAAGCUCUUCACUGAUACGAUGGAGUUUCCUCGAGACCUAAGCUUAGACGAAAGGGCCAAGUAUAGAGUGCCAGAUGACUACGUGUACUGGGUACUAUGCAUCAACAGACCCCUGCUGGGAAUCGCAGCAGAAGAUCUCCACGGCCUCGAUGCAGCGCAGUCUGUUGAGACGACACUGCAGAUGACCAAGAGCUGGCAUCCAACCGUCCGUUCAUUGCUGCAGAAACAGGAGCAAUCUGCAUCGUCGACGCUUGCAUUCUUCGCAUGCUUGCCAGAGACAUUCAAGCGGGAAUGGGACGAACUGGUCAAAAGCCCCGACUGUGCGGCAGUGACGUUGCUAGGCGAUGCAGCACAUCCAAUGACACCUGUUGGAGGUGUCGGUGCCAACUCUGCGUUCCAAGAAGCAGCGGAUCUGUGCAGCGUUAUUACCCGUGCCUCGUUUGGUGCUGAGGCGCUUAAAGACUACGCCAAACUGAUGACGGAGCGUGGCGAGGAGACGGUGGGACUUAGUGGUGGUGGUGCAGAACACAUGUUCCAAAUGAAGCCAUUCUCUGAGCUGAAGGUGGCAUCCUUCUAA